AUAUAUUCAGAGCGCAUGUUGAAACGGUUGCUUCAGAGGGUCGUAGCAACGAUGACGAAAGUUGCAGAAGUGGCUGAAAGUAAAUCUGAAGCUGUUCUCCACGAUGUACAAUCUGGCAAAAUCGAAAAGCACUCGGCAGGGACUGCAAAGGAUCGAAUCAAAAGGGCGAGAUAUGCGAUGCUUCUGGCUUAUCAGGGAAGAGAAUAUUUUGGUAUGCAGGUGCAAAAAGAACAUCCGACAAUUGAAGGGCAAUUGAUCAAUGCUAUGAAUAAGUUAGGAUGGAUUACUGAUGAAAUGAAAGAACAACCGAACCUUUUUCAUUUUCAAAGAGCAGCUCGUACUGACAGAGCGGUUUCAGCUGUAAGGCAGAUUUGCAGUAUGGAGCUACCAAGGAGUGACGAGUACUCAGAAACAGGAGCCAAUGAACUUAAUAAUCUGCUACCGCAGGAUAUUCGUGUCAUAGCUAUGCGCCGUGCGACGAAUGCAUUUCAUCCGCAGAAAAUGUGCUGCGCAAGGACGUACAGUUACACUUUGCCAACCUUCGCAUUUGCGAAGCCGACGCAGCUAACUAAUGCUGCUUUCCGCAUCAGCAAAGAAACAAUUGAUGAAAUCAAUUCUGUUCUCAGUAUAUACAAAGGCACACACAACUUCUUCAAUUAUACCUCACGACGGUAUUUCAGCCUUCAAAAUCUAUUAGAGAUAGCAGUAAACAACGCCCUUUCGGUGUUCAGGGAAUUUGAUGAUCGAAGUUGCCAUCGGUAUAUAUUAUCUUUUGAAUGUGGCGAGCCCUUCCUAUUUCAUGACGACAUUCGAAAUGAAGAUGUCGAGUUCAUUCAACUUACUGUGAAAGGACAGAGCUUUAUUUUACAUCAGAUCAGGAAAAUGGUUGGCAUGGUAAUUACUGUUAUUCGCGAACUUCAGUACAAGAGUUAUAUUCAGAGAACCUUCGAGAGCGAAAGAGUGGACGUACCAAAGGCUCCAGGACUUGGUUUGCUACUAGAACGGGUACACUAUGAUCUCUACGACAGAAAACAUGCAAAAACUCAUGAACCGUUGACUGACUGGGGUAGCGCUGUAGAAGCACGCAUCGAGGAAGUGAAGUUCGAGCUUAUCACCAAAGAAAUUUUACUCUCGGAACUGCGGCACCAGUCAAUGUUACAGUGGUUGGCCGACUUAGUAAGGCAUGAUUUCUGUGCAGACCCUACAGCUGAGGAAGUACAAAAGCAAGGGUUCCUCACAAUGGCUGUCGCUAAGGCUGAUGAGGCCAGAGAGGAAGCUGCCAAUGAAGCCGUUCAUGAUGCUGAUACUAAAAGCGACGAGAAGGGUCAAAGUCAAGUAAACGGUGCUCCUGCUGUUGAUGCUCUCGAAACGGAGCAAAAGCCAUCAGAGGUAUCAUUCCCAUUACAGUUUAUUCAUUACCAGUGGUAUUCACUUGUUUUUGUUUGGUAA